GACAAGUUUACUGAGAGCAGCUCCAGCUUGGGUGGUGUAGUAGGUAGAUGUUUAGUGCACAACAGCCUUUAGACUGGGAAGCAGGACCUAAAACCUAUGGGAUAAAAUAUAGAACAAUUAAGAACUUUGAUUCAAGGAUAUCAUAAAGAAGCUGGCAUCAAGAAUGAAAUAUAGUAUCUGGAAUCUAAGGUAACCAGGAUGCAACUAUAGUACUAAGAAGUAAGCAUUAUAAUAUAAAAACAUGGAAUCCAAGAUAUAUUAUCAGAGACUCAGAGAAGAGAACCAUGGAUAUACAGUGGAGAAUCUAGACUAAAAUGGUUUGUGGAGUCAGUGUAUGCAAUAUAUGACAACCUAGAAGAAGCAAGGAUAAUUAUACAGUUUAACAUUAAAGCAAAGAAAAAAAUAUUUCAGGAGCAGGUUAGAGCCUGGAAGUUAAGACAUCGUAAAGAGCAAUUAGGAAUUACGGGGAAAGAUAAUGGAAGGAUUGCUGAUUUUGAUUUUGAUUUUGAUGGAAGGAUUGCUGAUUUUGUAGAUGAAUGUUUAUUGUGGUAAUUAUCCAGGAAGAGGUGAGGCCAACUUGGCAGUUACCUAGAGUAGGACACUUAAUACCGUAAUAGGCUUACCUGUAUGAAAUACCAGUAGUCCUUCAGAGUUCAAGCAGCAAAACAAGAAGAAAUGUUGACUUAUAAUGCCACACACUCGGCAGAGAUGCUGUAUUAAGGAUCUUUUCAUCUGAAACAAUGGAACUUUAUGUUAGAGUAAAUAUUGUGCAUCAUGUUUGUUAUCUUACAUUAUUUUAUCCAGGAUGGAAUUAUACUGUAGUAAAUCACCGAAUGUGAGCAUAUGGUAGAAGAACACACCCUUUCUUUCAUGGACAUCAUGAGUCACAUUAGUACAAGACUUAUCAGAGAAAAGUACUGAUUAUUUAUGUGGAUUGCAAUGAACAACGGAAGAAUUUUUCUUGAUAAAAACUUGACUUGAUUUGGAACGGUUUGCUUUCGAAUUUACAACCUGGUGGAUGGAAAUGAUAUAAUUUGUUUAGAUUAGAAUGUGGAUUUAAAAAGAAAAAGUCAAAAAAAAAAAAUGCUUAAAAUUAUAUUGUCAUUGUGCUCCAGUUAAUAUAAUUUGUUUGAAAAAUACUGAACAGAUAUAUUCAAUCUAGCAUUAUUGCAAAACAGUUCAGUGGUUUCAUUGAACAGUGUUUCAAUUCAUACUAUAUUUAUGACUACAGUAACAUUUUUACGAAUAAUAAAGAAUAGUACAGAAUAUCUGUCGCAUCAGAUAGGGAUGCAUUAUUUUCAAGUAACUGUUACCCAAGUCCAUGGAGUGUCUUGUUAAAUCUGUUUUUUAUACUACCGUAUAUUAAUGUGAAAUCAAUUAAUUCUCAGCUAGAAUUAUCAUUGUGUAUAACUUCACGGUUGACCUUUACAACAAACAAGGGUCUUUCGCGGUACUUUUUGCAAGUUAUUGAAACUGUUAUUUAUCAAAGAAAAUUACCAUGUCUUGUAUGCUAUGCCAUAGCCGAAAAAGUCGGCCAGACACUCCUCCGAAUGGAUUAGUUCUAAGCCCAGUAGCGAUGCAGGACCAAUUGGAACAUCUUGAGCAGGAACAGGAGCAACUAAACUCAUCUCUACUGGCACUCACAACUCAUUUUGCACAAGUCCAGUUCAGACUCAAACAAAUUGUUCAUGCUCCUAUAGAAGAAAAAGAGUUGCUUCUUAAAGAUUUGGAGCAGUUUGCAUUUGAAGGUUGUCCAGAUGUCCGAGGAUCUACAUCGCAAGAUGCCCAAAUGUUGGAGAAUAUGAGUGAAAAAGAGCAUGAACAAAAGAUGAUGCAGCAACGAGAAAAGCAGAUGGAAUUAAUUAAACAGUUAAAAAAACAGCUUGACGACCUGGAAGAAUUUGCAUAUGAGGAGGGUUCAGGUGAAAUUCCCCAGCGAAAAUUAAUGGACAAACAAGGUGUCAUCAUCGACCAGCUGCGUGACAAACUGGAACUGCCCAUUGAAGAUCUGGAUUCUCUCAGUGUCGAUGAUCUUCGUAGAAUGGUUGACCAGGCUGUGGGUCGGAUUGUGAACCCUGCCAAAGUGAAGGAGCAAGUGAUUGGCCAAUUGAAACAACAGAUCGGUGACCUGGAGAGGUUCAUAUCAUUCUUACAAGGGGAGGUGACAACACCUGGACCAAUGGGAGACCAGGCAUGCUCCUGCAAACUUCAACAGAAAGGAAAUCAUUUGCUGCCACUUGAUGAACAAAGCACAUCAGAAACCAACUCUGAAACACCUUGUUGUACUCAUCCACCAUCACCUGAAAAGUCUACUCCAAUGACAGAGAAAGAGCAUCAGAGGGUAACCGAUUCCAAUUUAUCAGCUGCCAAGAAGAUGUUACGUGUUUUGCAAUACCUUGCAAUCCAUCAGCUUGGCUGUGGCACCUCAAAAAUGAAAGAGAGACUUCCAAAGAAAGAAAGAAAUAUUGAUUAUUAUGAUAUGUUGAAGAAGUUGGACAGAGCUGUGAAUCAUGUGAUAGAGCUGGUAGAAAGACAUAAAGAAGAACCACUAGAACACAUAGAUUACAGUAGUGAUGCAUCAGAUAGUCCAAUUACAAGCAGGAGUCUGGAUGAGAUCACGAUUGCAGUGCGUAAAGAGCUAGCCCCUGUGCUGCGGGAUCUUUUUGAGCAUGGCCUGAUGAAGCACACCACAAGUCAAGCCCUUAUGACCCCUCUCACAACCUGCCUGAUGCCCAGGACAACACCAACUCCUAAAAGGAUACACAUAUGGGAUGUCUUCUUGAAGUAUUAUGAUAUUAAAAAUGGAAAACUGUACACAAGUUCUCCAGCCAGGAAGCUGUCACAAGCGUUUGAUCUGGACAUUGUCGGCGGCACAGCCAUAACGUCAAAGCAAACCCUCUUAGCUGCCAUCGACUUGAUCCAUACCACCCACGACCCUCUGAAAAGGAGUGUCGACUCGCAGUUCAAGGCCUUUGUCUGCAAAGCACUGAAUGAACAAAAACUCACAAGCUGGUGUCGAUUGAUAUGUCGGACUUUGUCCAUUAUUGAUCAUUACUAUUACUCCUGGAGUUAUAUUGUGAAGACAAAUUUUGAUGGCGCUCUUCAGCUUUUGGACAAAUUGAGCGAGAUAAAUUUUAAUCUUCCAGCAGAUCUAGCAGUCAGACAUUUUACAAACAUUCGCGAUGCCUUCUAAGAUUCACAAAACAUUGCCUAUAUUCCAGAUGUCCAUAUAACAGAUAAAAAGAUAAACAUACUUAAAAUCUUGAUAUAUAUAGUAGUGAGCCAGUCAGCUACUGAGCUUAAAGAUGAGUCUGUAUUGUGAAGUCUAACAGAAAGGAGUCUGUAUUUUGAAGUCUAACUGAAAGGAGACUGUACUUUGAAGUCUACAGAAAUGAGUAAACAGAAAUGAGUAUGGAUUUUCAAGUAUAAUUUAUUUUUAUGUGCAAGAUAUAAGAUAGAAAUGUACUCUAUGACAAAGUGCAACAACUCACAUUCCAUGAUCUGAGGUACUUUAAACUAUUGAAUCUUCGAACGAAGCAAUGAUGGAACACCAGUGCAACAGUGUUUUAAAGCGAUAAUGGUUAUAUUGGUGUGUUGGUGCUAGUCGUGGUAGAGUUGGGCCGCAGAAGACUUGAACGAGGGUGCAAUGGCUAUUUACCGAGUCUGAGGACAGAUUGUACUGGAAACCCAUUUGCGCAGACUGCAUCAUAAUGAUGCUCUGCCAUCCUACUGUAUACCUUCUCACAUUGACUUGACUGGAAAACAUUUGUGUGUGGCACCAUGAGUAAAUACCCAAGUUCGAAGAAUAUAGGCCUAUUCACUUUUCCACAAACUUUGCUGCCACAGAUUGAUAAUUAAGAAGCUUUUCCUGUGUAAAAUCAUCGUUUGCAGGGUUCCAAUUCCAAACCAAGGAAUACUUUAGUUCCGCAGAAAGUUUAUUCAACAAGUAGGCCUAGUUAUAUCAAGUUUCUCUAUGGAGCAGUUUAUUUAGUUUGUCCCCAUUAAUUUAAAAUUGGUUUUUAUAUUUUGUGACUUCCAUUUAUUUUGAUACCACCUCAAUACCCAGGUUAUGUAAUAUAAUUUAGUUGUAAUUUUAUAUUGUACUUAUUAAUGUAUUGUUGUUCAAAUAUGUACUGUAUCAGAGUGAAAUUAUUUCAGUCAGUUUAUAAAUUUAUGUAUACAGUACAUUUAAUCAGCAUUAUAUUCUCAAUUUUUAAAGAAAUUAAAAUACUUUUUUUCUCAUGCUUAAAAUAAAAGCAAAAAUUAAAAGAAAUUGUUAUUUAUUAGUGCUUUCAGCUAUUUUGCAAUAAACUUUGAAUAUUAUAUAAAAUAUAAUAUAUAUAAUUAAUUCAAUAUAUUUAUGUCAAUCAUGGUCUUUCUUUUUCUUCAUUUCUAAAUCUUUCAUUAAGUUGUAUUAAUUAAGCUAUUCUUUAACAUUCCCAUAUAUAAUGGUGUACUUUUUCUUGUUUCAAACAAAUGAAUAUGUAAAUGUAUUGUUAUUGUUAAAAUGUAUUUAUUAUGCUAACUUAUUAAUGAAAUGUAGUGAUUGUUUUAUUUACUUCCAAAUCUUAAUUUGUGUGACUUUAAACUUGGCAAUGAGUAUAAACUGUACUAUUGGGGUAACUCACACAUCUAUAAUGUUUAUAUUAAUAUCUUAAAUCUUAUUAUUAAAGUUAGCAGGCAUUUUCUGCUAUCUCGCAACUAUAUCUUCCAUUUGUAAAAUAUUAUUUUGCACCACUGGUGCUGUUGGUUUACCUUUUCCCAUAAUAAAAAUCUGUCAUGUAUUAAUAAUGUUCAUGCUAAUGUCACUAGAGUGUGGUUUAUUAUUGUUUUCCAUUGCCUAAACAAUUCCAAGUGUAAUGGUCACUAUUAAACGAUUGUACUAUUUAACAUACAUUAGUGCUACUUAUAUUUAUUUUUUUUUUUAAUAUUUAAGAUAGUUACUGUAUAAAGUAUUCAACAAUCUUAUAUUUUUUACCAAUACAACAAUCAUUCCUUAUUUAAAAGAUUUCAUUGGUACUUAAACGUAUUCCACAGAACCUUUAUAGUAUGAAUAAUGUAGAAAUUGUUAAUUAUUAUAAUAAUGAUCAUUUUGCUAUAUAUCUAUCACUAUGAUUGUAUCUUAAUGUUUAUGGUCACAUAAUUUAUAUAGUAUUAUCAUCAUCAUCAUCAUCAUUGUCAAUAUUAUAGUUAGUGAUAAAAUUAUAUUAAAUGCUCGUCUUAGGCCCAGUGGCAUAUCUAGGAGUGUUAAAGUGGGGGAGCGCAAAGGUCACGGGGGAGGCCUCGAUGAUUAGGUGAGGGACUCUGUCUUGUAUAAUAAGGUAAUUUUAGGUGAUUUUUAAUUACUUGAGCGUGAUUUUUAUUUGGGGGGUGGGGGCGAGAAUUUAUUGGAGGGGUGUGUGCACCCCCUAGAUACGCCACUGCUUAGGCCAGUCACUUGUGUGUGUCCUUAUUAGACAGGGCACCUUGGUCAAGUUUCCGAAUUCUAAUUUGAUACCUGGUAGACUUAAGCUCUGUUCAGACUGCUAUACGUCCAUAUUUAGUCAUGAUGUGCCUAUAUAUGGUCAUGAUGUGAUGUCAUCAUGAUCAAAUAGAAUUUGAUAGUCUGGACAGGAUUUUCCGUGGCAAUGGACUGAUAACUAUUUACAGCAUAAUAGAAUUCUCUCCAUGGAGCUAAGUAUGUGUUCUGUAGGUAUUUGAUCCAGUGACCGGGGGUAAUAAUUUAAUAAAGCAGUGCCGUAUCCCGAAUAACUACUGUAUUGGUGUGGGGGGAGUUGGUGGGAUGUGCAAAAAUUGACUAAAUGGGUAUGGAGGUUACCUAGAUUUCCCAAUGGGGUCAGGGAUUGGGGUUCCAAACACUUCAGUCAGUUUCACCCUCAUAAUCCACGAAAAGUAUAUAAUAAUAUGACUAUCUAUACAAAAAAUAACAAAUUUUAUAUAACCUUUUUUUUUUUAUUUGAUUGCAUCCCACUGCAUAUGUGCCUGUAAAGCAUAUUAUGGCAUUUUCGUUGGUAUUGUAGACUAUUUAAGACCAACAUAUAAACUAUAAAAAUUUAAAUGUCUGGUACAAGUAAUUCACAUGUUGUAACAGUAAUGUACAAAACAUUGAUCAAUAAACAAUGAUUUAUUGUUAUACUGUAUAUUCAUAUUAAAUAGGGAAAGAUAUUCUAUUUUGGUUUUCCUCGACCUGUGAGCAUGUAUGAUAUUUUUUGUGAUAUAUUCAUGGUAUUCGUAUUCAUUGACAAUAAUGUAAGAAUAUUCUAGUUUGGUUUGAAGGGGGAUAGAAAUGUUGUGUUUAUAUGUAUAUCAUGCUCUAUAAUUUAAGUUAUUGUGGUAGUUAUAUCUGGGGUGCUGCACUGUUCAUAUCGCAGUUACUGACUUCUUCUUUGCAUUGUACAAUAAUGUAAGAAUAUUCUAGUUUGGUUUGAAGGGGGAUAGAAAUGUUGUGUUUAUAUAUAUAUAUCAUACUCUACAAUUUAAGUUAUUGUGGUAGUUAUAUCUGGGGUGCUGCGCUGUUCAUAUCGCAGUUACUGACUUCUUCUUUGCAUUGUACUGUAUAAAAACACUUGUCUCUUUUUUCUGGUGUAUUAUUUUGUAGCCAUGUGCAAUACAGUAUCUGUACUUAAGUGAAGAAAACAAAAAAAAAAUCCUUGAAAAAUAAAGAUGGAAUGAUUAUA